GUGAGAGCCCAAAGCAAAGCGAACCAGGCAAAGGCAUCCCUCCCCACGCUCGCUGCUUGCUUACCAUUCCCCUCGUAAAUCUGUACAGCGCUGCGCUGCAUUUAAUGCUGUCCAACCUUUGGUCUCCCUCCCAAACGCCCCUCCUCUUCCAUCCCUCUCUCGCCUAGCCCACAGAUGCGGUCGCGGCCGGGGCCGCAGCAAGAUCGAAUCCAUGCAGUGGACUCAGUGUCCCCCGUUCUUGAGUUAUUGAUUCUGGGAAGGCUCGGCUCGUUCUCCUCGCAUUGAUCGCGUUCUUUGGUGGGAGGAGUAGAGCAGGAAGGAAAAGAGGGUUCUUUCCUGUGUUUCUUCUCUCUUUUCUGGGAUUCUUGGCAGUGACAAUGAGGCGGCACGGGUGGCAACUCCCGUAUCACCCUCUCCAGGUGGUGGCUGUGUCCGUGUUCUUGGCGCUAGCUUUCGCGUUCUACGUCUUCUUCGCCCCCUUUGUUGGGAGGAAGGAGUUGCAGUACGUGGUCAUGGGACUCUACACUUCUCUGGUUUCAUGUGUUUUCUUUCUAUACAUCUGGUGUGCCGCAGCGAACCCAGCAGACCCAGGGGUCUUCAAAUCAAAGAAGUAUCUGAGCUUGUAUGGAAGUGGCAAACACAAACAUCUGAAGGAAUCCAGAAAAGGUGUCUCAGAUGCUCGGUUACGACUAGAGGGAACUGGAGAAAAGCAAGAACGUGAGGUCGCAGCUUCUAGUGAGAAGUCAAUGACUCAACACAAGGACAAUAAUUCAUCUUGCUGCAGCGCAACCUUCUCUGCAUUUCUCCUUAUAUUCUACCCUCUCUCUUUUAUUUUCUCCUGCUGCCAAUCACAUGAAUGGUCCUCUGAGCAGCAAGCCAGUGAGGAAGGAGGGAUGUUUUUCUGCAGCCUAUGUGAAGUUCAGGUGUUGAAGUAUAGUAAGCAUUGCAGAGUUUGUGACAAAUGUGUUGACGGUUUUGAUCAUCACUGCAGGUGGCUCAACAAUUGUAUUGGAAAAAGAAACUAUAGGAGAUUUUUUAUUCUUAUGUGUACUGCCCUUUUCUUGCUUAUCCUACAAUCAGCGAUCGGAGUAUUGGUGCUAGUGCUCUGCUUUGUUGAGCGGAAGGAAUUCUCUAUGCAAAUUGUCUCAAAGCUAGGAAGCAGCUUCUCGGUAGUGCCUUUCGUUAUUGUGGUGGCAUCUUGUACCAUCCUAGCCAUGGUUGCUUCACUUCCGAUUGCCCAACUUCUCUUUUUCCACAUUAUUUUGAUCAAGAAGGGAAUCAGUACAUAUGACUACAUCAUCGCCCUGAGAGAGCAAGAACAAGAAGAAGUUAGUGGGCAGCAGAGUCCACAGAUGUCUCGUGUAAGCUCCUACACUGGAAUCAGCAGUUCUAGUUCCUUUGGUCCACUUCGUCGUGGUUCAUGGUGCACUCCUCCAAGGCUGUUUCUUGAAGAUCAGUUUGAUGUUAUUCCAUCGGAGGCUGGCUCUUCCCAUAAUUCUGCUACCAAGAGAAAAGAAGAUGAAGUGAGGAAGAAGGGCUCAGGGGCUGUGAAAAUAAGUCCAUGGGCAUUGGCUCGUCUUAACGCAAAAGAAGUUUCGAGAGUUGCUGCAGAGGCACGGAAGAAGUCCAAAGUUUUAGUGCCUAUCAGAAAAGAUGACUAUUCGCGAGGCCAUGAAACAGACAGUAGCUAUGGAGGCAUGAGCAGUGGUAGGAUUGAUCUAGGCCCCGAUAGCAAGAGGAGAGCAAACAGAAGAGGAAGACCGCACAGCGAUCUCUCUCUCACACCUGUGGCAAAGAUAUCUACCGAUGCUAUUGAUAGCAUUGGCAGCGACGUGGCCCCUGAAGCAUUAUCCAAUUUAGCACCAUUGCAACUUGAGGCACGGAGUGCUUUUCAUCCUAGUAGAGCUGCAUCCUCUGCUAACAUCAGUGGAUCAUCUCCAGAUAGCAGUUUGGACUCGCCUGAUCUGCACCUGUACCGAGUCUCAGCUGUCUCCUCAUCUGGAGCUGAAGAUUUGCAACUGACAGCUCUCAUUGUCCCAGGAAGCAUUCCACAGCAAGGGAUUGAACUGUCGAGAUCAACCAGCGAUGGGUAUGAAGCAUCAGGGGGUGAAGAUAGUGAUCGCAUUCCGUCACGGAUAGUGCACCGCUCGUCGAACUGGGCAAGCAUCGUCCUCAACUCCGACCAGGGUGCGUCCUCAUCUGGUGUCCUCCUGCCAAAGAACAGAUUUUCCUGACUUCAAACCAAAUCCAUGUUCGUCUUCCUUCAGAUGAAUGAAGAUUGUAAAUGAUCAGUCAAGAACCGGAGAUUCCAGUAUCCUACCGCGUUUGUUGUUGUCAAAUCUUGUCGCAACGAUGGUUGGAUACUGCGCAAAUCGUUAUUCUUUUGUUAGUUUCUAAAUUGCUAGGUAGGCGAGCAAGAUAUUUGGGUUCAAGCGAUUAUAAUUUCGCUGUCAGACGACAAUGAACUGAUUUAUUAGAUCCUGGUA